AUUUUAAUAGAUUUAUAAAUUUCUCAAAGAAAUUCAUUUCGAAUAUGUCCACUGCUCAGGAUGCGAAUAUGUCAACCAUUUGUCAACUGGAAACUGGAAGUGCACCCAAAUGCCCCAAUGGCAAUAUGAAUAACAAUAAUAGCGCACGCUCGAGCCGUGUGGGAAGCGCUACGGUUACGAGCACGGAUCCGGAUACGGAUAGAGAACAGGAAGAGGAGCAGGCGCAGCGAUUUGGCUGGCAUCGUUGCCAGCCGCAGUGGCUGCAACGCUUCUGCACCGCCAAAUGGGCGCUCUUCUGGCUCUGCUGGGGCGGCGCACUGCAAGGCCUAAUUGUGAACGGACUUGUCAAUGUGAAUAUUUCAACGAUUGAGCGCCGUUUUGGAUUGCGUUCGAGACAGACGGGUCUGGUGGCCAGUGGCUAUGAUCUGGCCUCGUUUGUCUGCCUGGUGCCAGUGACAUACUAUGGCGGACGGAAAGGUGCAUCCAAGCCGUGCUUCAUUGCGAUUGGCCUGCUGCUGAUGGGAUUGGGCUCGUUGAUCUUCUCGUUGCCGCACUUUCUGGUCGGCAGCUAUCGGGCGACAAUUGCCGAGGCGAACAUCUGUGAGUGGGAUGGCCUGGCGAAUCAGACGACAAUGCAGUGUGGAGGAGGAGGAGGAGGAGCAGGUGGCACGGCUAAUGCUGAGCAGGAGCUGGAGCUGGAGCUGGAUGAGCUGGAGUUGGGCGAGAGUUUAACUUGGACGGUGUGGCUGUUCUUUGGUGCACAACUUUUGCAUGGCGCUGGCGCCUCGCCGCUAUUCACGCUGGGUGUAACCUAUCUGGAUGAGAAUGUAUCCACAAAGAUGUCAUCUGUUUACUUGGGAAUUUACUAUACGAUGGCCAUAAUUGGACCCGCAAUUGGAUACGUUCUGGGCGGUCAAUUGUUGCUCAUUUAUACGGAUUUCGUUAACGUGAACGCUGCUGACCUAAGCCUGACGAGCGAUAGCAAAGUGUGGAUCGGUGCCUGGUGGAUUGGCUUUGUGUUCGCCGCGAUGAUCUGUUGUCUUAUUGCAAUACCCAUUUUUGGCUAUCCCAAAUCACUGCCCGGUGCUCAGAAGUUGCAGCUGGCCAAAAUAUCGGAGGCGCACACCAAAAAACCAAAACUGGAUGAGGGGCCAGAGAGGAUGGAGCAGCAGCGACGGCGUCUUGGAGAGCUGCCCCAAGCGAUACUCGCGCUCUUCAAGAAUCCGACCUUCUUCUUCCUGAACUUGGCAGGCGCCACGGAGGGUAUGGUCAUAGCGGGAUUCGCUGCAUUUCUGCCCAAACAAAUUGAGAAUCAAUUUGGCAUAUCGCCAGUGAUUUCUGCGCUGUUGAUGGGUCUGAUUACGGUGCCAGCGGGCGGAGGCGGAACCUUUCUGGGCGGCUAUCUGGUGAAGAAGCUGAACUUGGCCUGUGGCGGCAUCAUCAAAGUAUGUUUGCUGGCCACCGUUGUGGCCACGUUCUUUACCAGCUCUUUCCUUGUCUCCUGCCCCAAUGCAUCCUUUGCGGGCGUAACAGUUCCCUAUGUUCCAGCAGCGCAGGUGAGCAGCGGGAGAGUCUGGGAGCUGGAGGCGCCUUGCAAUGUCAAUUGUGGCUGCAGUCGUGGCAACUAUGAUCCCAUUUGUGGUGCCGAUGGGGUCAUAUAUUACAGUCCCUGCUUUGCCGGCUGCGGCCAGGAGCAGCAACUGGACACACUGAAGACAUACAACAACUGCAGCUGCAUCGUGGAGUCCCUAAUCCAGCCGGCAGCGACCAAUGUCAUGUGCGAGUCCAAGUGCCAGAGUUUGCCCUAUUUUAUUGGCCUCUGUUUUCUCCUGAUGCUCUUCACUUUUUUGGCCACGAUGCCAGCGCUGUCUGCCACCCUCAGAUGCGUUCAGGAUGAGCAGCGUUCGUUUGCCUUGGGCCUGCAGUGGAUCAAGGUGCGCUUGAUGGGCACCAUACCUGCUCCUCUGAUCUUUGGCGCUCUGAUUGACGAGUCCUGCAUCCUGUGGCACGAGUCCUGUGACGACCAGGCUGGUGGCGCCUGCUUGGUCUACGAUAAUUUCUACAUUAGCCGUUAUAUGUGGCUGCUGGCGCUGAUUGGCAAGAUUUGCUCGGUGCUCUUCUUUUUGGGUGCCUGGUGGUUCUAUGUGCCCCCAAGUGAGUCUCCGCAUAUCAAAAAAGAUGCCGAAAUGUGAGAUAAACAUUUGAUAUCUAAGGGACUGAAAUAUACUAAGUAAGCUCACUACCAUUUCUACGAAUACGAAUAAUUACUUAAAAUACCCGCUUCGAUUUCAGAUUUGAUUAGAAUUCAAAAAUAUUGUAAUAAAUCAAUCCAUCAAAUUAAGCUUCACAUUUAUAUAACAAAUUAUUACUGGUCUCAUUUACAUUCUUAGGCUCCCUUCUUAAGUCUACUUUAAUCAAUAAGUCUCUCAUAAGUA